AUCAGGCCGGGAGGUUGCCUUCUUUGAUGGCCAUGGAGGGUUUUAUACUUUCACCGUACAAUUUUUAUCCCGGCUACGGGCCGUAUGGCCCCCCGAACCAGAAACCGAAACAUCACAACUGGGUUAACAAGAAGGGGAGCCCGUAUGUGGCUCCUGAGGCUGUGGAUUAUUUCGACAUUUGCAAGAGGGCUCAGUUAAAGGCCAUUCUCUCGCAAGUGAACCCCAACCUCACGCCGCGCCUGAGGAAAGCUAACACUCGAGAAGUUGGGGUACAGGUGAACCCGAAGGUGGACGCAGUGGUCCAGUGCUCGCUGGGUCCGCGCACUCUGUUCUACCGGCAGAGGAGGGGAGUCCCGUCUAAGCUGCCGGUGAGCCCCUCCACGCCGAAGACUGUCGCCUUCUCACCCGCCACUCCCGUCAACGGCGUGCGCUUCUCGCGCCCCAUCGCCGUCUACUCGCCCGUCUUCGACCGCAGAUUCUUCACUCUACCUGACAAGGAGAAGGGCAGGAAGGAUGGCUCUUCGGACUCGGAGGGAGAACAGCAGCAACACGAAGAGGGCGAGGAAAAGGAGCCGGGACGGGCAAACGACGUAGUGAAGCGGGCUGACAAGAGUCCCUGCGAGGUCGGACCGAGGCCAGGCAUCCAACCGCAGAGGUUCAGGUUCCAGUUUCUGGAACAGAAGUAUGGAUUUUUCCACUGCAGUGAUUGCAAUAUCCGAUGGGAGAGUGCCUAUGUGUGGUGCAUUUCUGGCACGAACAAGGUUUACUUCAAGCAGCUCUGCCGCAAGUGCCAGAAGUCCUACAAUCCUUAUAAAGUGGAGGCCAUUCAGUGUCAGACGUGUGGCAAGAUCCGUUGUACUUGUACCAUGAAGAAGAGGCACAUUGAUAUCAAACGGCCUCACCGUCAGGAGCUCUGUGGCCGCUGCAAGGGCAAGAGGCUGUCCUGUGAAAGCACCUAUAGCUUCAAGUACAUUGUCUGAGCACUUCCAUCUUUCUUAAUGGUAUAUAAUGCAAGCUGGUUGCACAAUUUUGUAUGACUUAUUGGAAAUAAAGUGUAUUAAAUUAUUCAA